AUGCCAGAGGAGGUUAUCAUCAACUCAUUUUGUCCGGACUGGAUCGACUGGAUCUCAUAUGCCCGACCUUCAAUGCAAUUCAAGGGCGACUCGACCUACGAUUGGAGCAGCGAAGAGCGGCACGUGGUGCUGUCGUCCUUCUUCUGGGGCUACGUGGUGACGCAGGUGCCCUCCGGCUACCUGACGGCGCGCUUGGGGCCCAAGUGGCUGAUGCUGGCGGGCGUUUCCGGCCCGGCGGCACUCAGCGCCGUCACUCCGCUAGUCGCCGACUGGGGAGGGUGGCAGCUCCUCACCGCCAGCCGCGUCCUGCAGGGGCUGCUGCAGGGCGCCAUCUUCCCGGCGACGCAUGCCAUGCUGAGCCGGUGGUCGCCGCCGGGCGAGCGGUCGGGCCACACGGCGCUCACGUACAACGGCAUGUCGGUGGGCACGGUGGUGGGCAUGGCCAGCUCGGGGCUGCUGGCCGCCACGCCGGGGCUCGGCUGGCCGUCCGCCUUCUGGCUGCCCGGGCUGCUGGGCCUGGCCUGGGCCGUGGUCUGGGUGGUCGUGGCCGCCAACGCGCCCGCGUCCAGUCGGCACGUCAGCCGGGAGGAGCGCGAGUACAUCGAGGAGUCCUUCGGAGACACGAGCAGCAAGGAAGAGCAUUUGGCGGUGCCUUGGCGGGCCAUCAUGACGUCCGUUCCCAUGUGGGCCCUCAUCGUGGUGCACUCGGGGCACAACUGGGGCCAUUGGAUGCUGCUCACCGAGAUGCCCGACUACAUGAAGGCUGUGCAGCGGUUCAACAUCCAGGCCAACGGGCUGUACUCGGCACUCCCGUACCUCUGCCUCAUCGGCACGUCGCUGCUCGUCGCCUGGCUCAGUCAGGUGAUCAACACACGACGGCUGCUCUCACUCAAGAUGUCGAGGAAGAUUUUCCAGUCUGCAGCUCACUGGGGCGCGGGCACCGCCAUGCUGGUGCUGGCCCUGGUCGACGUGGACCAGGCGACGGCGGUGGCGCUACUGUGCGUGGCCGUGGCCGUCGAGGCGGGGACGCUGGCCGGCUUCCUGUGCAAUCUCAUAGACCUGUCGCCCAACUUCAGCGGCGCCAUGAUGGGCGUUUCGGGCGGUGCUGGUGCACUCGUAGCUGUUGUCGCGCCGCUCAUCGUGGGGGCAAUCACGGGGGAAGAGGACAGCCUGAGUCACGAGGAAGUGACUACGCGGUGGAACACCGUGUUCAUCCUGACUGCGUGCAUUUACUACAUCGGCAAUUUGGUCUGGGUAUUCUUCUCAUCGUUCGAGGUGCAGCCUUGGAACAACGUUGCCAGCAAAACGGAAGUGGAGCCAGUGCAGAACAACAGCUAGUUGUUGACACCGUGCACAGCGGUCAGCCGCGCGUCGCUUGCCGGCCCGAGCGGGGAGCAUCGUUUCACGCGCCGCCUAGGCCGUUGCCAGCCCCUGGUCGUCCUUUCUACACCUUACCUCGGCAGAGGGAACCUCAGCGGCUGCACGCUCCGGCUCUUAGUGUGACCAGCCCUUGGGGGCCUAUGUGCCCCCGAAAGGGGUCACAUAGACCUCCACCCCGGAACAGCCUCUUUGAGCACGACCGAGACCGGUGCCCCCUUGCUUCGCCCCAUUGUCUCGGGAACAGAGAAGAUUUCUUCUUUGACUGCUACGCUCCAGUCCUAAGGCGGAGACAAGCUACUGACCCACGAAACUGGAGUCACCACUGGCGCCGAGCGCCGCGCAGAGAGCAGUUUCGUGGGACACUCAAGGGUUCUCUGGGCAACUCUGGCGACACCUCGCCGGCCGGCCUGCUUACCGUCUAACCACCUCUUCCACACGCGGCGCAAACACCUUCAGCGUAAGCUCGCCCUGCGUUGUGCGCCUGGCAGAUAGGCAACUGCAGUGGCUUGCCACGCCCCGCUGCCAGAUAGGUUGCCUGUCCUUCAGGAGCUAUCACAGAUCACUUAAAUGUUUCCCACCCGCUUCCUCAGAAGCCACAUCAUUGCUGGGAAUCGUUAGGUCACAUAUUUAAAAAUAGGUGUUUUUUAAAAAUAAAAUACGAGUUAAUAAUUAUUAAUAAAGAAUGAAUUGUUAUGAUAUGAAA